AUGGCCAGCGUAUCGCCUCCAAAACCGUGGGAAAGAGGUGGAAUGGCAGGCGCAAAUUCAGCGCUCUCUACUUCAACAGCAACAACUACUGGAUCGUCAUUACCCACAGCAUCAGCUUCUGGGACGACUUCCUCAGCAGCCCCAGCAAUUCCCGAACGGCCUUCCACUCUCACCUCGGCAGUAAAUCGCAACGCAAGCGCGUAUUCGCCGUACGGAAAUACUGGAGCAAUGGGAUCCCCAUACGGUGGAAUGGGUUCAUACUCCUCGCCAUAUAACCGCAUGGGCGGUAUGGGUGGUAUGGGUGGUAUGGGUUACGGAGGCUAUGGCUCAGGCAUGAUGGGAGGUAUGGGAGGUAUCGGGGGGAUGGGAGGGAUGUAUGGCGGUGGUAUGGGGGGGAUGUAUGGUGGUAUGGGAGGCAUGGAUCCAAAUAAUCCACAGAGUCUCACACAAGGCUUUACGCAAAGUACACAGGCUACUUUCCAGAUAAUUGAGAGUAUUGUGGGUGCAUUUGGAGGGUUUGCACAGAUGUUGGAGAGUACAUAUAUGGCUACCCAUUCCAGCUUCUUUGCCAUGGUAUCAGUAGCAGAGCAAUUUGGAAACCUAAGAAACACUCUUGGCUCAAUACUAGGCAUCUUCACAGUCCUCCGCUGGCUACGAACCCUCUUCGCAAAAAUAACAGGCCGACCACCACCAGCCGAUGCCACGGCCCUAACACCCAGCGCCUUCGCCUCCUUCGAAGGCCGUAAAUUCCUCCCCGAUGGCUCCCCAGCUCAACAGCCCCGCCCCAGCAAAAAACCCUUCCUCUUCUUCAUCGCCGCCGCUUUCGGCCUCCCCUACCUAAUGGGCAAACUGAUCAAAGCCCUCGCCGCCUCUCAAGAAGAAGAAGCCCGUCGUCUUGGCCAACUUGGUCCCGACGGCCUCCCCAUCGCCCAACUCGACCCUUCAAAGCUCGAUUUCUGCCGCGUCCUCUACGAUUUUACGCCCGAAUCCGGCGCCGCGGUGCAAGGCGUAGAUUUAGAAGUCAAGAAGGGCGAUCUGGUAGCUGUGCUCUCGAAAUCAGAUCCCAUGGGUAAUCCAAGCGAAUGGUGGAGAUGUCGGGCGCGUGAUGGACGGAUGGGCUAUUUACCAGGUGUAUAUCUUGAAGUCGCGGGCAGACCCGGGCGGCCUGUUGCUGCUAUCAAGAGCGCGAGUCAGAGUGGAGGGAGUCGAACUAGUAGUAUGACUAGUAGUGUGAAGGCGCCUGUCGUUGAGGGCAAGGCGUCGGAUAUUGGGGUUGAGAGUUUCCAGAAGAGUCAGUUUUAUUCGUGA